AUGGUGAAAGAAGUUAUUGAAAAGUAUAAUAAAAGCCAUAGGGUAGCUAUUUCUUAUCAGCCUCAAACAAAUGGCUUAGCUGAUCUUUUAAACAUGGAGAUCAAGAGUAUCUUAGAAAAAGUGGUAAAACCAAUAAGAAAGGAUUGGCCCUUCAAACUUGGUGAUGCUAUUUGGGCCUUUAGGACUGCCUAUGAAACCCCUAUUGGAAUGUCUCCCUACAAGCUAGUCUUUGGAAAAGCUUGCCACUUACCACUAGAACUUGAGCAUAAAGCUUUUUGGGCUUUGAAAGAGCUUAAUAUGUGUGCAAAUGCUGCAGAUGAAAGGAGAAGGCUACAAAUCAAUGAAAAUAAAAAAUGGCAUGAUAAGACGAUAUCUCAAACAGAGUUUGUAGUACGUCAAAAAGUAUUGUUCUUUAAUCUAAGGUUGAAACAUUUUCCAGGAAAACUAAGAUCCAAGUGGACAGGGCGAUUUGAGGUUCACAAAGUCUACCAUCAUGGAGUAGUGGAACUCAUUGACCCCAAUAAUGGAUCUAUUUUCAAAGUGAAUGGUCAAAGAGUGAAGUCCUAUAUUGAUACUGCAGAAAUCACAAGUACCAUAUAUAUGGUAUACCUCACUCAUUCCUAG